AUGAUAAUUUUAUUUCAAAAAAAAAAAACUAAUUAAAAAAAGUUAUCAAAAUUUGCAAAAACAAAAUAAAUAAUAAGUAAAUAAAUUAGAUGACUUCGAACCGCUUUCUCCGAGACACAUAUUUUGGUUUGCCAAGAGUCCAUUUUCACUUUCACUUGCUUUUCCUUUCUCUUUUGGCGGGAGUUUUGUUUGCGUACCUGUAAUUGUGCUCAAGAAUCUCUCGGUCAUGGAGGAACAAGCUCCAACAAUUGAUCCAUCAGCCAAAAGCUUCAAAAGAAAUAGGGUUCAAAUGCAAGAGACUGAGAACGAAGGAGAAAAGAGGAACACUGGUACUGGCGGGGAAAAUAAUGAAAGGGUUAGCGAUGGGAGUAAUCAGGCGGGUCGUGAGGGCUCGCCUAAUGACUUCGAAGAGACUCGUCCCAAUAGUAAGCGAAGUCGUCUUCAGGAAGGAACAUCCGAACCCACUAGUCCUAACUUAAUUGAGGUUAUUAAAGGCAAUGGAAAAUAUAUUAACCAAACAGUCAAGCUUUGGGUUGAGCAAUAUGAAACGAAUUCAAAGUCUGCAAUGGUUGAACUCUUGACAAUGCUGUUUGAGGCUUGUGGCGCCAAAUAUUAUAUAAAAGGCGAAUUUCUUGAUGAGAUUGAUGUCGAUGAUGUUGUUGUUGCACUGGUCGAGCUUGCUAGAAGAGGGGAAGUUGAAGAUUACCAAAGCUCAAAAAAGAAGGAGUUUAAGAAUUUCAAAAAUAACCUUCAAUUGUUCUGGCACACAUUGGUACUCGAGAGUCAACAUGGGCCUCUCUUUGAUCAGGUUUUGUUCGACAAGUGCAUGGAUUAUAUAAUAGCUUUGUCAUGCACUCCUCCAAGAGUCUAUCGUCAAGUUGCUUCUAUUAUGGGACUCCAACUCGUCACAUCCUUCAUAACUGUUGCUGAUGUCCUCAGUGCUCAACGUGAAACAACUCGUAGGCAGUUAGAUGCUGAAAAAAAGAAAAGAGCUGAGGGACCUCGUGUUGAGUCACUAAACACAAGGUUUUCAGUGACUCAUGACAAGAUAACAAUGCUAGAGGAGAUGAUGCGCAAAAUCUUCACUGGGUUGUUUAUGCACCGUUAUCGAGACAUGGAUCCAAAUAUUCGAAUGUCUUGCAUAGAGUCUUUGGGUGUAUGGAUUUUGUCAUACCCCUCUCUGUUCUUGCAGGAUUUGUACUUAAAGUAUCUUGGUUGGACACUAAAUGACAAGAAUGCUGGUGUCCGAAAAGCUUCUGUCCUUGCAUUGCAAAAUCUGUAUGAAGAGGAUGAUAAUGUGCCAACUCUUGGUCUCUUCACUGAAAGAUUUUCCAAUCGGAUGAUUGAGCUUGCUGAUGACAUUGACAAUACUGUAGCUGUAUGUGCAAUAGGUCUUGUAAAACAACUCUUAAGACAUCAACUUCUACCUGAUGAUGAUUUGGGUCCAUUAUACGAUUUGCUUAUUGAUGAGCCACCAGAGAUCAGGCAUGCCAUUGGAGCAUUAGUGUAUGAUCACUUGAUUGCCCAAAAGUUUAAUAGCUCCCAAUCCGGUGAAGGAAGCAACACUUCAGAGGUCCAUCUGGGCAGAAUGUUGCAGAUACUAAGAGAAUUCUCUACAGAUCAAAUUCUAAGCAAUUAUGUGAUUGAUGAUGUUUGGGAGUACAUGAAGGCCAUGAAGGACUGGAAAUGUAUUAUAUCUAUGCUUUUGGAUGAAAAUCCUUUAGUUGAGCUUACUGAUGAGGAUGGAACUAACUUAGUACGACUUCUUAGUGCAUCUGUCAAAAAGGCUGUUGGAGAGAGAAUAGUACCUGCAACUGAUACCCGGAAGCUGUAUUACACUAAAGCUCAGAAAGAAAUAUUUGAACACAACAGAAAGGACAUUACUGUUGCUAUGAUGAAGAACUACCCAUUGCUUUUACGCAAGUUCUUGGCUGACAAGGCGAAAGUACCAUCGCUAGUUGAAAUUGUUUUGCAUAUGAAUCUUGAGCUUUAUUCUCUGAAAAGGCAAGAACAGAAUUUUAAAACUGUCCUCCAGCUCAUGAAAGAUGCAUUUUUUAAACAUGGUGAGAAGGAAGCAUUAAGAUCUUGUGUGAAGGCUAUUAACUUUUGUGCUACAGAGAGUCAAGGGGAGCUACAAGAUUUUGCUCGUUCUAAAUUGAAGGAAGUUGAAGAUGAGAUUGUUGCUAAGGUUAAAGCCGCUAUAAAAGAAGUUACGGAUGGUGGUGAUGAGUAUUCCCUUCUUGUGAAUUUGAAAAGGUUGUAUGAACUUCAGCUGUCAAGGGCUGUGCCCGUUGAGAGCCUAUAUGAAGAUAUGGUGAAUACUCUACAAAAUUUUAGAAACUUGGAUGAUGAGGUUGUCUGUUUUCUGCUUCUUAAUAUGUUUAUUCAUUUGGCCUGGUGUCUAAAAUCGAUCAUAAGUGGUGAGAUGGUAUCAGAGGCAUCUUUGUCUUCCGUACUAUCUAAACGUACUACUUUGUUUGACAACCUAGAGUAUUUUCUUAACAGCCCUCAAAUGGAGGGAGAAGUUAAUAAUGGUAACCUUCUGGCCAGCAGGGUUUGUACCAUACUUGCAGAAUUGUGGUUUAUGUUCAGAAUGACUAAUUUUUCCUCAACAAAGCUGGAAAGGUUAGGAUAUUGUCCAGAUGAGGCAAUUCUCCAAAAGUUUUGGAAACUUUGUGAGCAACAACUUAAUAUUUCAGAUGAGACAGAAGAUGAUGAGGUUAACAAAGAGUAUGCUGAGGACACAAACAGAUGCUGUGUUAUGAUUGCUGCUGCGAAGUUGGUUGCUAGUAAAUCGGUUUCUAAGGAGUAUCUUGGUUCAGAAAUAAUUUCUCAUUUUGUUAUGCAUGGGGCAAGUAUCAUGGAGAUUGUUAAGCAUCUGAUCACUGUUCUUAAAAAGAAUAAUGAUGGUAUUCCAGAAAUAUUUUUGGAAGCGUUGAAAAAGGCAUAUCUUCGCUAUAUGGUCGAACUUUACAGAAGUGACAAAUCUUUAGCAGAAAAGUAUUUGCAAGAAUGUAAAGAGCUUGCUUCCCGUCUUUCUGGGACAUUUGUUGGUGCUGCUCGAAACAAACAUAGAUUAGAAAUUUUGAAAAUUGUCAAGGAUGGCAUUGAACAUGCUUUUAUAGAUGCUCCAAAGCAAGUUGGUUUUCUGGAAGCUGCUGUACUUCCCUUUGUAUCUAAACUUCCUACACCUGACAUCCUAGAGAUCAUGAGAGAUGUUGAAAAACGAACUGAGAAUGUACAGAUGGAUCUUUAUCCCAGUGGUUGGAAGGACUAUGAUACAUUCAUGAAAAGUUUACAUGAAAAGUAUGCAAAGCCUGAAGUUAUCCAAGAUGAAAAAGAAGGGGGUUUUGUGAAGCGUAGGGGUCGUCCACGUAAACAGCAGAAUGUACAGGGGAAGAAACUUUUUGAUGAACAUAGUGCAAGUGAAGAAGAGGACUCAAUCAGCAAUUCUGACCACGAAAAUGCUCAAGAUGAAGAAGACGAAGAGGAAAAUAUCCCUUUAAUAAAUUCUAUUAGGUCAUCCAAGUUGAGGUCAUUGAAAGCUUCAAAAAAUGCAAGCAAGAGCCAGACAAGGACAUCAGACUCUGCCAGAGCUAAAGAAUUCUUAAAUUUCUCCCCAGAUGGAACGUUUAAACCGUAGCUUGAAGACUGAAGAACGUAAUGAAAAGCGAUUCUGUAGAUUUUAAUGGGAAUGGAGUUUGAGAAUUUUUGGGGUGAAUAGCUUGUAUAUACAUUUCUUGUUUUCGCUUGUAGAUUAAUUUGUUAUUUCAAGGGCCUAGCCCGAGUAUUCUAAUAUUACUAUUUGUUAAAGAUUGCCUUCUCACAUAUAAUGUUAUAAUUGUUCUUGUUAAAAUUGAAUGUACAAUACUAAUUUAAAAGACUUGCCAAAUUUAACACAGUUUUUCUUCAUUUAUUAGAAUUGAAAUUACACUCGUUAUUUUGCUUAUGAACAACGCAAAUUACAAGUCUUCUUGUCAAAAGAAAUUCUAGUAGUAACUAUUCAAUUCAUGGAUUAAAUUAACUAAACAUACAGAUGUAUAAUAUUUCUCGGUUGUUAACAGGAUUAAGAAAAGUAAAAGAACCAAAAGCCAAUAUCCCUAUCCAUACGAGAACAAUUACCAAAGAAGAUAUAAAGUUUGCAUGAGUUAAACCCAUUAAACAAAAUUGUUGAAAUUCCCUUGUGAAAUGGGUGAAAGAAAACUGACCGAAAAAGAAUGCAGCAAGUAAAAAAGAGCAACAACCCAUGGAAUCAAAAUUUUCAUCUUCUUCCAGCAAGCCUUAAUAGAGGAGAAAUAAUACCCUGUAUUUCUAGCAAAGAAUGUUGUAUUCGAAUCUCCUCUUCCACAGAACGUUUGAGGUUUCUAAUAUGACCCUUUAAAGUCACAGAGGCUUUAAUGUCCUCAACUCUCAGCUCAAGAACCUUCUUAGUCAACCCCAUUAACAAUGCUGAGUAAGAUGGUACAGUCGAAUACUUAUGCAAAAACAUCAACAGAGAUCCAAGCUCAUCUGUAUCCAAAUUCAUAACACAUUUUAACAACUUCUUUCUAGACACCAAUUCCUCCAUUACUGCCACAACAUUACCUGGAUGCUUACCACCCAAUACAGAUACCAAAGCUUCUUUAUGCCUGAACUUCUUCAAUAGCUUAUCAUGUUUUCCUAACUUAACUUUCUUUGGCCUCAUAACCAAGUAAUCUCCCUCUGCUGGCUUCUCUCCUUGCCCUCUAUGGAAGUAUCUGACAUAAGAAGACUUCAACGCCCUUACCUCAGGUUCUUCCACCGUUCCAAAACCCAUGAAACCACCCAAAUCUUUCUUCUCUUCAGCCUCCUCCUUGGUCUUUCUCUUCCCGGCGUAGAUUAUCCCGUUCGAUGUUCCAAUAACCCUCGUUGAACUAUCAGGUGAAAAUGCCACGGACAUUAGUGGGGCUGGAAACCUCAUUGAAUGAGUAACCUUCAUCUUGGCAUAAUCAAAAACCUUCAUAUACCCAUCAAGACCAACACUCAUGAUUCUAUACUGCUGAGACUCCUCUCCACUAUCUUUACCCAUUUUUCCCACAGAAAGAGAAGUCACUGUCUUGUUGUGACUUUCCAUCGAACACAGCAUCUUCCCACCUCCAAUUAUAUCCCAAAUCUUCACGGAAUUUCCGCCUGCGGUCGCCACUAACCCACCGGAAGGUAAGAAUAUAACGUCUUCCACUGGAUAUCCGUGAUUUAUACUGAUCGCCGAUUUUGAAUCGGCUACUCUCACGUCCCAAAGUUUGACGGUGUGGUCGUAUGAGCCUGUGACGAACAUCUCCGAGUUCACAGGCGAGCAAUCGCCGCACCUUACGUAGUCCUUGUGGCCUCGCAUUUCAGAAAUUGGGGUUUCUCCGGCAACAUCCCAGUACUUAACGAGAGCGUCGUCACCGCCCGAUACAAGGUGGAGCUUAUCGGCGAAUGGGUAUUGAACGAAUCGAACUGGGCGAGAGUGUGAGCGAAGCUUACGAAGCGGAGUUCUCCCCUUGAUGUCAAAGACUUGGACGAGACCCGAAAGAUCAGAGGCGGCGAUGAGGAGACCAUCGCAGCGAAACGAGGCUGACGUGACGACAUCAGAGAAGGAGGUAAUCGUGGUGGUGGUAGAGAAGGUUUGAGAGCUGAAGAUGGUGAGAGAGGCGGAGUGGGUAGCGGCGAAAGGGCGAGAGGGAGUGUUUGAGAAGGUGAGGGAUGUAAUGGAGGAGAUUAGGUUUGGGAUUUGUUGAGACUUAAAGGAAGACCAGUACUUGGAUUCCGGAGUCUGUUUCUGGGUUCUGGGCUUAGGUUUAAGCUUGGGUUUUACAGGGAAGGUUUUGGAGAGUUGAUGUUCCGCCAUUGAAGUUGGUAAGAGUUGUGAUUGAGAAAGAAAGAGAAGAGAGGCUCUGUGGUUUUAGUCCUUACUAGGGUUUUGGACUUUUGACGC